AUGCCUCUUUCCAAUAAUGGCGUUUCCUCUAAAGUCGGCGCCUCCACGAAGAAGUCCAUCUUCGAGCGACAAAAGGCGGAGGCAGAAGCUAAAAAGGCCCGAGAGAAGGCGGAGACAGCUGCUGUCCUUGAAGAUUUCGUGAAGAGUUUUGAAGAUGAUGGGAACCGGACAUCGAGCUUCCCUUCGAAGCGAGGAACUGGAAGCGAAAAUAGAGGCGGAUUUGGUUCUGCUCGCGGCAACUAUGGUCCUUCUGGGCCUGGCAAGCGACAUUUCACAAGUUCGGGCCUGAAGGGUGGUCCCGGCACCUUGGGUCCGAGUCCUUCUUUGCCAAAGAGUGGACCAGGUAGCUUGGGAUCAGCGCCGGGAUUCGGAAAAAAGAGACACUAUGAUGAAUACUCGGGGAGAGAUUGGGAUCGAGAGCGCGACCGCGACCGAGACAGGAGAGACAGGGUGUUUUCUUAUAGUGACGGUAGAGAUGCGGACAACAGGAGAGACUCCCGUGCUUUCGCUCACGAUGACGAGGAGGAUACAAGGGAUACCGAUGAACUCAAAGCCGCGGCGAAACCGACAUUACACCUCUCCUCCCUUCCACCCGGGACAUCUCCUGCCGUCGUCAAGGCACUGUUCACUCCGUCCCCAUUGACCGUCGAAAAUGUCCGCAUUCUCCCCCCCGGGCCAGGUUCAACCACCGAAAGGAAAUCCAUCUCCGCAAUCGUCACGCUCGUUGCCGAAACCCCGGCGGCAGAUAUUGAAACAGUGGUCUCGCAUCUCCAGAAUAAAUACCUCGGGUUUGGCUUCAAUCUCUCGAUAUCUCGCCAUCUCUCUUCCGCAGCUUUGACCGGCAUAAGUGCUCUCGGGAGUAAUGUUCCGUCUGCAAAUUUGAACAAUCUUCCCUUCGGAGCAAAACCGAUUCCUCAACACACGUCCUUAUCCCGAGCUCCUCCCCCGAACCAGGGCUCCACAGGUCAUCGCUUCGCCCCUCCGGCCUCAUAUACCUCGUCGACGUCCUAUGGUCCGCGACCGAUGAAUAACUUGCCCCCCACACAAGUCACAGUGCAGGCCCCGAAUGACCUCAAACAACUACGCUUGAUUCACAAAACAAUCGAAGCUCUUCUGACAUAUGGUCCUGAAUUCGAAGCGCUGCUCAUGUCCAGACCGCAGAUUCAGUGCGACGAACGGUGGGCUUGGCUGUGGAACUCACGGUCAGUGGGCGGAGUGUAUUAUCGGUGGCGCCUUUGGGAGAUUCUCACAGACGCCAAAUCACGUCGCAAACAACGGUAUACUGCGUACGGUACGCGGCAGCCGCAAGGUGACAUUUUGUUUGAGGGACAAGCAACCUGGAUCCCGCCCGAGGAAGAUCUCAAAUUCGAAUAUACCACUCAUUUGGAGGAAUUUAUCUCUGACGAAGACUACAAUUCUUCGGACGAAGAAGACAUUGAUGACGACAGAGGGGGUGGAUUAGCUAGACGAUAUCAUGAUCACCAGAAAGUCGCCAAUGUCAAUGACUCGACGGCCGAUAAUGACGGUACAGGCUAUCUUAACCCACUCGCGAAGACGAAACUCAUCCACCUACUGAGUCGCCUGCCGGAGACAAAUGCAAAACUGCGCAGGGGCGAUGUUGCACGAGUGACGGGAUUUGCGAUUGAGCACGCUGGGGCCGGGGCGGAUGAAGUAGCAGAAUUAGUCACGAGGAAUGUGGUCAGGCCGUUUUGUUAUUGUGUGACGAGACCAAAAGGAGAUACAGAAGCGGGGGAUGACCAUCAUGACGGUGAGAACGGCGAUGGCACGCCAAAGCACCUGUGGGACAAGGAACCUUCCACGACAGAAGAACCGAACCAGCCCUCCAAAGCCAAGGAAAUGGACACAACCCCAGCUUCGCUAAUUGGGCUGUAUCUCAUCAGCGAUAUCCUCUCGGCGUCUUCGACCUCGGGUGUGCGGCACGCAUGGCGCUACCGCUCUCUCUUACAACACCAGCUCCUCGCCCAGAACGUCUUGCCCGUGCUGGGUAAACUCCCGCAAAAGUAUGAAUGGGGCAAGCUCAAAGCCGAGAAGUGGAAGAGGCAGGUGCAGGUGGUCCUGGGGUUGUGGGAGGGAUGGUGCGUAUUCGAGGAAGCGAGAAUGAAGGAGAUGGUGGAGGGAUUCUUGCAUCCGCCUCUGAGUGAACAAGAACAGAAGGCCAAGGCCGAGCAAGAGGCCGAGAGAGACAAAGAAAAGGAGAGAGAAAAGGCCGCCGUUGGAGGUGUGAGCCGAUGGCGCAGCGUGGGUGAUGCUGUGAGCAACAGCGGUGUUGAAAUCGACGGGAAACCCAUACCUUCUACUUCUGCACUCGCCCAUGCAACCCGUGCAGCCGACGACGGCGAUGUGGAAAUGAGCAUGGACGGCACGCCCAUGGCCGAUGACGACGACGGAGACGGAGCCGAAGCUGAGGCUGGCGUCGACGUCGAAUUUGACGACGACGGCGAUACAGUUCUCACGGACGAGAAUAUCGACGGCGUGCCCAUGGCGGACAGCAGCGACGACGAACACGAAGAUGGAGAAGAAGCUCGCAGACAGAAGGAGUCCCAGCUACCCCUGCAAGAAGAGGGAGGCAGCAACGAAAAGACGGCCCCGGAAGCAGAACUAGAAGCAAAACUAGCGAUGGCGGCACGACUGCAAGCACAACCACAAGGAGAUUCUCCAGACCGUGCGACAAAACCCGCGUCCGUCCCCUCGACCACGGUGAUGACGACGUCUCAGGGCCGCAGGAUCCGGCCCAAAGCCGUGGAUUUUGAUGACAUGUUUGAGUGA